AUGCGAAUGACUCAUGGUAUGCCAUGCCCUUGUGAGAUUUACCGAGCACUCCGGAACAAUCUAUUCUUUGAACCGCAUCACCUACAUCAGUUUUGGACAACUCUCCGAAUCAACUCAGAAGUCAACGUUCGUCAAGAAGAAGGAUCGAUAGAUUUGCAACAUUUUGAUAGUCUUGUUGCAGUUGUUAGGUCCAAAGAUGAUGAAUAUAUUCGAAGGGUAAAUGCUUUGCUUGAUCCUCAUGUCUACCUGGAUCAAGGAGAAUAUGGAGAACCGGAUGUGAAUGAAUCACGUAGAGGUCGACCUGCGAGCAGAGCCUCUACGAGUCGUAACUUGUCUUCAUGGGAGAUCAGUUGUCUCGACACCACUCAAGCGGUUAAGAGUUCAUCACGUAGUUUCUCUCGUGGUCGUAGUUCUUCACGUGGUCGUAGUUCCUCAUGUGGGCGUGGUUCCUCAUAUGGACGUGGUCGCGGGACAACGAAUUUCCAAAACACUAAAGUGUAUGAAAAAGUGGGAUUUAUGGAUGUGAGCAAAGAAGUUGCCCGCAUAAGGCAUGAAAGGAAUAGUGGUUGUGGUAUCGAUCAUUACAUUGUUAUGCUUGAUGACUUGUUUCCCAUUUCCACCUUAUUUAAUGCGGCUAUAAUUUGUCUAACCUAUAAUGAAUGGGACUUGACGUGGGCAAACUCUGCUUGUACUGUGUUGCCGAUGCGGAAUACAAAUGGAAAAGCAGGUCCGGAGAGGGAGAUCACCAUCCUCCGCAUUGGGAAUCACUUUGUUAGGUUACAUCUAAGUUCAUAUUCUCCCGUACCACCACAAGAUUUUCUUUGGACAAAGUACAAGGAUCCUAGUGUAGAAGGUUUUGAUCUACCAUAUCGCGCUAGAAUCUUUGAGUGGAGGAAACUUUCUGGCAACAUUGGGGACAUGAGGCAGUAUCAUGUGGACUUGACAAACGAUUGUUAA